AUGAGAUGGAAAGCUUUAGAAAAGCCUACGGAGCACUAAAGGACUCCACCAAAGUUGGUCUAGCCAGUCUCAAUAGUGACUUUAAGGUGUUGGAUGUUGCAAUUGUCAAGGCUACCAACCACGUCGAAUGCCCCCCCAAGGAAAGGCAUGUCGUAAAGAUACUUGCAGCAAUAUCUGCAAACCGCCCACGAGCAGACGUAGGCUAUUGCAUUCAUGCACUAUGCCGGAGAUUGUCCAAGACGCGCAACUGGAUCGUUGCAAUAAAGACUUUGAUAGUUGUUCAUAGGAGUCUUAGAGAAGGGGAUCCUUCAUUCAAAGAAGAAUUAGUACGUUACUCUCAAAGAGGAAAGUUGUUUCAACUAUAUAAUUUCAAGGAUGAUACAAGUAGUUUAGCUUGGGACUGCUCUGCUUGGGUCCGUACAUUUUCACUCUUUCUAGAGGAAAGAGUCGAGUGCUUUAAGACCCUGCAGUAUGAUGUGGAGGGCGAUAGAGGAUCAAAACCCGGUCCUCAAACAUCCAAGAUGCAAAGUAAGACACGGUUUUUGAAUGGCGAACAAUUGUUAGAACAUUUACCUUCGUUGCAACAGCUUCUCUACCGUCUGAUCUGUUGCCAGCCUGAAGGAUUAGCCUGUCAUAACUAUCUAGUACAGUAUGCUUUGGCCCUGGUCUUGAAAGAGAGCUUCAGAAUCUAUUGUUCCAUCAAUGAUGGGAUCAUUAAUCUUGUGGAUUUGUUUUUCGACAUGCCCAAGCAUGACGCUGUUCGGGCUCUUGAUAUAUACAGAAGGGCGGGAAAACAGGCAGCACAUCUUGCUGAUUUUUAUGGCUUCUGCAGAACGCUAGAUCUUGCUCGAACCUUUCAUUUCCCUACACUGAAACAGCCUCCCCCAACGUUUCUCGCAACUAUGGAGGAGUAUAUAAAAGAAGCACCGCAGAUGAGUUCUCUAACCGAUAAUAGACUGGAGUAUGGGGAGGCGGAAAAUGAAUCAGAAGCAGGUGAUGAGGAAGAAUCUCAAGUAGAAACUGAAAAUCAAGUUAAAGAUAAAGAAGAAGAUGUUGUCGUAGAAGAGGAAGAGGAGCCAUCUCAGACUGAACCAACGCCACAGCCAACUGAAGAGCCCAUUGAUCUGCUUGAUUUGAGUGAAGUAAAUGAAGACGCCUUAAAAAUAGAGGAAAAUAAUGCACUUGCCCUUGCAAUCUUUGAACCUGAUGUCAAUCCACCUUCAUCUAGCAACGCCCUAGCUGAAAUUGGAAGCACAAGUGGUUGGGAAUUGGCUAUUGUUGAGGCCCCAAGCAAUAUGACCAAACCCCAACUCGCACAACCCCAAAUGGCUGGGGGCUUCGACAACUUGCUGCUGGAUAGCCUGUACGAAGACUCCGCGGCUCGGAGGACCAUGGAGCUGCACAGUGCAGGAUACAACACGAGCUACAGAUAUAACCCGGGCAUGCAAGUGACUCCAUUUGAUCACCAACAGCAACACUUUGACCCUUUUGCCAUGUCAAACAACAUCCCGCCCCCAACAAAUGUGCAAAUGGCGAUGCUUCAACAACAACAUAUGACAACGACGAUGAUGAUGCCAACGACGGAGGUGCAUCAGGGCACAGGCAUGGAACCGUAUAAUCCUUAUACUCAACAGGCGGGAGGCUACUUCAAUCCUUUUAGUGAUCCCUUCCACUUUCCACAGCCUGCAGCGCCGCCACAUGAGGAAAAUAAUAGGAGUAAUAAUAAUAAUAAUAAUAAUACAUUGAUCUAA